AUGCGGUCUUUUGAUCCGAAAUAUGCAGUUGAGAAUUUUUGCAGUUUAUUUCAGGUACCAUUUAUAGUGCUUGAGGAUGCGAAAUCGAAAAGUAUCGUGAUAACAAUACGUGGUACUGCUUCCAUGAUGGAUGCAGUCAAUGAUCUUUCACUGGAUGAUGAAGCAUUUUCGGUGGACGUUGACCAAGAUCCGAUCCUUCGGCGAGAUGAAAAGCUUGAUGCACCAGACAAGGGCCUGAAAAUGAAACAUCCAGAAUAUACGAUUGUUGUUUGUGGACAUUCACUUGGUGCUGGUGUUGCUACAUUGCUAACUCUACUUUUAAAGCAGACGUUCCCUUCGAUUCGUUGUUAUGCAUUCUGCCCGCCCGGAUGUGUUAUUAGUGAAAAUGGUCUGAAAGAAACCGAAAAAUAUGUAUUCAGCGUCUUUAUCGGCGACGAUAUCGUACCACGUCUUUCAUUCCAAACGUUAUGCAAGCUGAAGUAUGAUGUGAUCAAAUCACUGGCUCUAACAAAUUCACCAAAAUACAAAGUUCUACUGCGUGGAUUCUAUCGUUUAUGCUUCUCGUCGCCUUGGGAACCUGGACGGGGUAAUUCCUCAAUUGUUUUAGUGGAGCCAGCGGAGGAAUCAGUGGUUGUAAAUAUUAAUGAUCGCAUUCCGUUGGUUUUUCAUAAUCCGCUGAUGAUUUACGAUGAUAACGGUGCCGAUGCAGCAGCAGCUACUGGUGAGCAAGCCGAACGGUGGGCAAGCAGACGAAUAAAACUUCUUCCUCCUGGACGUCUACUGCAUGUUUGGGUGACAGAUAAAAAGAAGAAAUUGGUCUCCAAAAGUUGGAUACAUCACAGCUCACUGAAUGAAAUAAAACUGUGCAGCGCUGUUAUCAGCGAUCAUAUGCCGUAUUAUGUAACAAGGGUGCUUAAUAUGGAAACGAUCCUGGAUGUGUGA